CUGCAGCCCCACGCUGGCUGGGAGCUCACUGUGAGCUGUCCCAGCCUCCGCCGGUGGAAAGCGCUCUGCAGCUCUGAGACUGCAAGCGUGACACUUGCGAGGCCACUCCUUUGGUUACAGUUCUCCUGGGGUCCAUGUUGGUGGUGUCCGACCCAUGCAAGAUCUCAUCAUGGGAAACAGCUUUUACAGCACCGUGGCGGCUGUGCUGCUGGUCGCGAAUUUUGAGAGGACAAGGUCAGUGCUGGAUUCCUGCCACAACUGUCCCGCUGGUACUUUCUGCAGGAAAAAUAAGGAUCAGACCUGUAUUCUCUGCCCCCUAAAUAGUUACUCCAGCACGGGUGGACAGGCGGUUUGUAAUGUCUGCAGAAAAUGUGAAGGCAUCUUCAGGACCAAGCAGCCUUGCUCCCGGACCAGCAAUGCUGAGUGCGAGUGUGCCCCGGGGCUCCGCUGCUCGGGGCCAGGGUGCCCCUCUUGUUACCCGGAUUGUGCUCAGGGUCAAGAACUCACAGAGAACGGUUGUAAAGACUGCUGGUUCGGGACAUUUAACGAUAAGAGAGGCGGCAAGUGUCGGCCCUGGACAAAGUGCUCUUCGGACGGAAGGGCUGUGCUUGUGAAUGGGACCAAGGAUAGGGACGUAGUCUGUGGACCAGUUCCAGCCGGCUUCUCUCCAGGGCCCUCUCCGUGGUUCUUCACCGUCCUUCUGGUGCUGAUGUCAGCCAUGGCUUUGCUCCUGCUGAUCUUCUGCGUGUGCCAGCGCUCUGUUAUCAGAUGGAGCAGGAAGAAGUUCGUGUACAUGUUCAAACGACCAUUUGUGAAACCAGUACAAACUGCGCAAAUGGAAGACGCUUGUAGCUGCAGGUUUCCACAAGAAGAAGAAGGAGAGUGUGUACUGUGAGGUGGAAAUCCACAGAGCUGCUGGGGGUCUCUCGAAAAGAAACGAAGGAGAACUCGGAGUGACCCCACUAUCAUGACCUUCUGAAACGCAAAACACCCUGCCGGAUAAUACCCACAAUUACCUUCCUCAACUUUUCCUAAUGCUAACGAGUUGGCCUUUAAAAAGUACCACUUUGAGCCAGGUGUGGUGGCCCAUGCCUGUAAUCUCAGCACCUGAGGAGGCUGAGGCAGGAGAAUAGCCACAAGUUCAAGGCCAGCUUGGCUACAUAGUGAGUUCAAGGCCAGCCUGGAUUAUAUAGCAAGAC